UUUGGUUGUGUGGAGUAUUCGAGAGGGGAGCAAGGGCGGCUACGUGUGUGUGUACAAUGCCGAAUAAAACGAAAAAAGACAAGGAGUCCCCUAAGUCUGGUAAAGUUGGCAAGAGUGGAGGACAGGAGAAUUCAGAGCAUGAGCAGGGCUCUAACAGGAAGACUAGCAACAGUGUUCCUCCUACCACUCAGCUGCUAAAGGGGAAGCAGCCAGGUUCCCAGACACCUGUCAAAAAGGACAAGAGGCAGAGCUCCUCUCGCUUCAGCUUGAGCAACAACAGGGAGCUGCAGAAACUGCCUGCCUUCAAAGAUGUUCCCCCCGCAGAGCAGGAGAAGCUCUUCAUCCAGAAGUUGCGGCAGUGCUGCGUACUCUUCGAUUUUGUGUCGGACCCACUGAGCGAUCUGAAAUGGAAGGAGGUGAAACGGGCGGCGCUGAGCGAGAUGGUGGAGUACAUUACCCACAACAGGAAUGUCAUCACCGAACCCAUCUACCCAGAGGUGGUUCACAUGUUUGCUGUGAAUAUGUUUAGGGCGUUGCCGCCAUCAUCCAACCCCACGGGUGCUGAGUUUGACCCAGAGGAAGAUGAGCCCACGCUAGAGGCUGCAUGGCCACAUCUACAGCUCGUCUAUGAAUUCUUCCUACGGUUCUUAGAGUCGCCUGACUUUCAACCAAACAUAGCCAAAAAGUAUAUUGACCAGAAGUUUGUAAUGCAGCUCCUAGAACUGUUCGACAGUGAAGAUCCAAGGGAAAGAGAUUUUUUAAAGACUACUCUGCAUCGCAUAUACGGCAAGUUCCUGGGCCUGCGAGCAUACAUUAGGAAACAGAUUAACAACAUAUUUUAUAGGUUCAUUUAUGAGACUGAACAUCAUAAUGGAAUAGCUGAAUUACUGGAAAUAUUAGGCAGUAUAAUCAAUGGAUUUGCAUUACCAUUGAAAGAAGAGCACAAGAUUUUCCUGCUGAAAGUUCUGCUGCCUUUACACAAAGUCAAAUCUCUUAGCGUUUAUCACCCACAGCUGGCCUACUGUGUGGUACAGUUCUUAGAGAAGGAUAGCACCCUCACAGAACCGACGGUGAUGGCUUUGUUAAAGUACUGGCCAAAGACCCACAGUCCAAAAGAAGUGAUGUUCCUCAAUGAGCUGGAGGAGAUUCUGGACGUCAUUGAGCCUUCAGAGUUCGUCAAAGUUAUGGAGCCCCUCUUCAGACAGCUGGCCAAAUGCGUAUCCAGCCCACACUUUCAGGUGGCAGAGCGAGCUCUGUACUACUGGAACAAUGAGUACAUCAUGAGUCUGAUCAGUGACAACGCUGCUAAGAUCCUGCCCAUCAUGUUCCCAGCCCUCUACCGCAACUCCAAGACCCACUGGAACAAGACGAUCCACGGACUGAUCUACAACGCUCUGAAGCUCUUUAUGGAGAUGAACCAGAAGCUGUUUGAUGACUGCACCCAACAGUUCAGGGCAGAGAAAAGCAAAGAGAAAGCCAAAUGGAAAGAGAGAGAAGAGGCAUGGAUCAAGAUUGAGAAUCUAGCAAAGUCAAACCCACAGUUUCUGGUGUACGUCGACUCGAUAGGCUCAGGCAGUCCGAUGGACAUGGAGACGGACGGGCCACUGCUAGAAGACGUCAACUUGUUAAAGAAAACAGUAGAGGAGGAGGCCACACAGAUCGAGAGAAAUCAGCGUAGAGAGCGCCCAUUGAUGCGGAGGAAAUCGGAGCUCCCCAAGGACAUCUCCACUGUCACAGCCCUGGAGUUGCACCGGAGAGCCGAGGAAAUGAUUACAACGCACGACGGUCACUAAGAGACCACCCUAGAUCCACCGUAAACCAGCAGCAGCAGCAUCCACAAAGGAACCACACAGGCCCGCAGAGGCCAGCACAACUGAACUCUGGUAUCUCAGUGCAGUCCAGCACAACACAGAACUGAACAGUCCCACCUCCACCUGACACAGAAAAUGUCUAAAGCCGCACAUCUAAGCCUGUCAGGACAAGCGGUGCUCUGUCCUUACUGACACCCCCAGCCCCCCACACUGUCCCUUUCUCUCACGUUGCUGUUUGUCCAGCAGAGAUGUGUGUGGUGCUGGAUGGUCCUGCAUGACCACGGCAUGCACCGUGCCCCGAAGGUGCCCCCCCCACCCCCACCCCCACCCCCAACCCCGCCCCACCCCUCUUUUUACUCUCUUCUGUCCUCUCAACUUGUUUGUGUUUUUUCGGGGGGCUGUGCUGCCCCCUUCUGGUCAUCUCUCUCAGGUGUUCUUUUCUGUGUGUGAGUUGUCUUCUCUUCUUGCCUCUUCUUUAUAGAUGUCAGGUGCUUGUAAAAAAUAAUAUGAGCCCCCAGCUGUAACCCCUACAAAGGACUUUAAAAAGGUUUAAUUUAAAAAAAACAACCAUUAAUGAGAUAAAGUCAGUUGUUUCUAUAUAUUUAAUAUUGGCUAUUUUUCUCAUAGCAUUGAAACUAGACAGUUGUUUAUAUUCUUUCCUACAUAGUAUAUUAGGAGCUCCUCUCGGAGGGAAACGUACUCCCUAUCAGUAUAACUGUCCCGUUCGGAGCUUGCUGUUCAUUUUCCAUUCGCUGUGAAGAUUUAUUGAUCAUCCUGUUAAUCAGGACAGUGUCAUCUGGGACUCACUGGUAGUGUGUGUCCAGAUUAAAAGCAUUACAGCACAGUUGUGUUCAUCAAAGUGCUGGCCUGACAGAGGUUCAGGUUUUUUUUUUUUUUUAUUAAAUCGAACAAAUCCUUUGUAGAAACCUAGUUCGGUGCCAACUUCUCUCAUGAAUUCAGUUCUUUUCUUUAAAAAAAAAUCUUUUUAAUUGUUUAGGCAAUAAGUUAACACAGGUUGCGGUGUGUGUCAGUGGCUUAAACAGCAGUCGGUCGUUUCAUUGAGUUACGGGUUAAGCCUGGUUUGCCACCCUGGUGACAUGAAAUGGGAUUGUGGGAUUUAUUUUUGGUUGCCUGUGUACAUCCAGACUUUGUAGGAGUGUGUUAAACAUGGUCAUUAGCAUUCAGUACAAGUCACUGUCAUUCAUGUGAGGCUCAGGAGAGCUCAGAGAGAUCUAGUUGCUUGUCUGGGAUUUACGCAACGUGACUAGAGAGAAGUCAGACCGGGGCAGAAUCUACGAGAACUGUGCUGGUAGCGAUCGCUUUUUCUACUCUUCUCAAGCAAGACCCUUUUAUUUAUAAAACACUUGUUAGAGAUUCGACUGAUUCAUAGUGGAGGUGUGUUUGGUUAGAAGAGGUCCAACAUGAGCCUUUCUUUUCACAGUGCCUUUUAUAGUCUAAGGGGAUAUUUGCUCCACUGAGAAUCGAGUAGCAGCGGUGACUUAAAACACCAGAGCGUUUGAAAUCGUAACAUCAGUUUCCAUAAUAAAUAAGAAUUAAAAAUUAAGACGUGUCCAAGACUCCAGCACAUGCCUUGUUGAAGCUACAAAGUCCGUUUGUAGUGUAAAGCUCAAGAGGAGAAGCAGAGUGGUCGCCCCCAGCCACUUCAGCGACGAAGCACUUCCUGAUAAAACUUGAAAGAAAACAGAAACACAACUGAAAAAUACCAAACUAGUAAAGAAUAGAAAUCCGUGAUGCUGUCUGUCUUGGCGUGUGGGGUCACCUCGCCUGGGUGCCUGUUGAUAACAACGAGCCUCCGCAGGAGAGGAAGUCACCUCCCAUUGUAACUUUCCAUUCUGUGGCCCCACUGUCCCAUUCCACUUAUGAUUUAUAACAUUGUUUGUCUCCCUCUGCCCCCCCCCCCCACCCUACCCCCCCUCCUGCCCCC